AUGAGUAGGAAGUUAGAGAAAAUGGCAUCAAUUGAUGCCCAGUUGCGGCUUUUGGCGCCCGGCAAAGUUUCUGAAGAUGAUAAGCUUGUGGAGUACGACGCCCUUCUGCUUGACCGGUUUCUCGAUAUCCUUCAGGAUUUGCAUGGUGAUGAAAUCAGAGAAACGGUUCAAGACUGCUACGAGAUUUCGGCAGAGUACGAAGGGAAGCGGGACCCUCAGAAGCUCGAAGAGCUCGGGAGAGUGCUCACUAGUUUGGAUGCUGGAGACUCCAUUGUUGUUGCCAAGUCAUUCUCGAACAUGCUCACGUUAGCGAAUCUUGCAGAAGAAGUUCAGAUUGCGUACAGGCGAAGGAUUAAGUUGAAGAAGAACGAUUUCUCCGACGAGGCUUCGGCCACAACUGAGUCCAACAUCGAAGAGACGCUGAAGAGGCUUGUGGGCGAACUGAACAAGACCCCUGAAGAAGUUUUCGAUGCUCUGAAGAAUCAAACCGUCGAUUUAGUGCUCACUGCUCAUCCCACUCAGUCUGUUCGUAGAUCUUUGCUUCAGAAACACGCAAGGAUUCGUGACUGUUUGACUCAGCUGAAUGCAAAGGAUAUCACCCCUGACGAUAAGCAGGAGCUUGACGAAGCAUUGCAAAGAGAGAUACAAGCUGGAUUUAGGACAGACGAAAUAAGGAGAAACCCUCCGACCCCACAAGAUGAGAUGAGAGCUGGAAUGAGUUACUUCCACGAGACGAUAUGGAAGGGUGUACCGAAGUUCUUACGCAGAGUCGACACUGCUUUGAAGAAUAUCGGAAUCAACGAGCGUGUUCCUUACAAUGCCCCUCUUAUUCAGUUCUCUUCUUGGAUGGGCGGCGAUCGUGAUGGCAAUCCUAGAGUAACCCCUGAAGUUACACGAGACGUGUGCUUACUGGCUAGGAUGAUGGUUGCUAAUCUCUACUUCUCUCAGAUCGAGGAUCUCAUGUUCGAGCUGUCGAUGUGGCGUUGCAGUGAUGAACUCCGCACACGUGCUAUCGAACUCCACAGCUCCACUAAAAGAGAUGCUAAACACUACAUUGAAUUUUGGAAGCAAGUUCCAGGGAACGAGCCCUAUCGCGUCAUCCUUGGAUACGUGAGGGACAAGCUUUACCACACGCGCGAACACGCACGCCAAUUACUCACCGACGGAGCUUCCGACAUUCCUCGCGAAUCGACUUUCACAAAUGUCGAAGAGUUUCUGGAGCCGCUCGAGCUGUGCUACACGUCGCUCUGCGCAUGCGGGGACCGCGCGAUCGCUGACGGAAGCCUCCUUGAUUUCCUAAGACAAGUCUCCACAUUCGGACUCUCACUCGUGCGCCUCGAUAUCCGUCAGGAAUCCGAGAGGCACACAGACGUACUUGAUGCCAUCACCCGCCACCUGGACAUUGGGUCCUACAGAGAAUGGGACGAAAACCGCCGCCAGGAGUGGCUCCUCUCCGAGCUCAGGGGCAAGCGUCCCCUCUUCGGAUCCGACCUCCCCAAAACCGAGGAAAUAUCGGACGUUUUAGACACAUUCAAAGUCAUCUCGGAGCUCCCCUCCGACAGCUUUGGCGCCUACAUCAUCUCCAUGGCCACCGCCCCGUCGGACGUGCUGGCGGUGGAGCUCCUCCAGCGGGAGUGCCGCGUCAGCAACCCUCUCCGGGUGGUGCCGCUCUUCGAAAAGCUCGCCGAUCUCGAAUCCGCCCCUGCGGCGGUCGCUCGAUUGUUCUCGAUUGAUUGGUACCGCGACAGGAUAAACGGGAAGCAGGAGGUGAUGAUCGGGUACUCGGACUCUGGCAAGGACGCGGGGCGGUUGUCGGCGGCGUGGCAGCUGUACAAGGCGCAGGAGGAGCUGGUGAAGGUGGCGAAGGAGUACGGCGUGAAGCUGACGAUGUUCCACGGGCGGGGCGGGACCGUCGGGCGUGGCGGCGGGCCGACCCAUUUGGCUAUUCUGUCGCAGCCGCCAGAUACGGUUCACGGGUCGCUCCGUGUGACUGUGCAGGGUGAGGUCAUCGAGCAGUCGUUUGGGGAGGAGCAUCUCUGCUUCAGGACGCUUCAGCGGUUCACCGCCGCCACGCUGGAGCACGGGAUGCACCCCCCCGUUGCCCCCAAGCCCGAGUGGCGGGCCCUCAUGGACGAGAUGGCUGUUGUCGCCACCGAGGAGUACCGCUCGGUGGUUUUCCAGGAGCCUCGAUUCGUCGAAUACUUUCGCCUCGCGACACCGGAGUUGGAGUACGGUAGGAUGAACAUUGGGAGUCGUCCAUCAAAGAGAAAACCGAGCGGAGGAAUAGAAUCUCUGAGAGCGAUCCCGUGGAUAUUUGCAUGGACGCAGACGAGGUUCCAUCUCCCCGUGUGGCUGGGGUUCGGUGCUGCGAUGCAACAUGUCAUCGACAAGGAUAUAAGAAACUUGAACAUGCUCAAAGAUAUGUACAACGGGUGGCCUUUCUUUAGAGUCACAAUUGAUUUGAUCGAAAUGGUUUUCGCUAAGGGAGACCCGGGAAUCGCUGCUCUGUACGACAAACUCUUGGUCUCUGAGGAUUUGUGGUCCUUCGGAGAGCAGCUCCGCGCCCACUAUGAAACAACCAGAAAUCUCAUCCUUCAGGUUGCUGGACACACGGAUUUACUUCAAGGAGAUCCUUACUUGAGGCAGAGGCUUACGCUGCGGGACCCGUACAUCACGGUACUGAAUGUGUGCCAGGUGUACACUUUGAAGAGGAUCCGUGACCCUAGUUACAGCGUGGAGGUGGGCCCACAUCUGUCUAAGGAGAUAAUGGAAAUGGAUACUAACAAACCGGCUGAUGAACUUGUGAAGCUUAACCCGACUAGCGAGUAUGCUCCGGGUUUGGAGGACACGCUUAUUUUGACCAUGAAGGGUAUUGCAGCUGGCUUGCAGAACACUGGUUGAAAAUUUUAUUCAGACAAGUUAUCGAGUUAUUUUUAUUUCUGGCGGUGUUGUUAGUAAGUAAGAAAAUAAAGUUGUAACCGAGUUAUUGAGACAAGUAGCAAGUUUGUUUUUAUUUAUGCAUCUUUGGAGUUUUAUGUAUAAUAAUGAAUGAUACAACUUUGGUAUUUGGUGUUUUUGCUAAUUUUAUUUAAGUUUUGAGUGUGUAG